AAAAAUAUUUAACGAAUAUCGAAGUCACGAGAUAAACACAGCCAACGAAGUCAAUAUUAUCGCACACGAACGUCGAAGAACGCCCUUUUUUAGCAGCCAAUGUAAUAAAAUUUAGAGAAUUUGGAUAUUCACAUGGUCAGACAACAGACCUUUGCAAUCCUUAUUUCAAGAGUACGAAAAAUAAAAUCAGUUCUUGUACAAGUAGAAAAAGAAGAAUGUUGUCGAACCUGGUGAAGCAGCAUCAAGCAAGACAACAAGCUCGCAAAGAACUGCAAGAGAAGCGGAAGAGAGAUGCCAUAGUUGCUGCAACAGCCCUCUCCCAUGUGCUUGUUGACCAUUUAAAUGCUGGAGUAGCUCAAGCAUACGUUAACCAGAAGAAACUGGAUACGGAGACCCGCAUUCUUCAGGCCAACGCUGCUCAGUUCUCAAAGCAGACCAUGCAAUGGCUCAAACUAGUGGAGGAUUUUAACACUGCUUUAAAGGAAAUUGGUGAUGUUGAAAACUGGGCGAGGAGUAUUGAGACAGACAUGAGGACCAUUUCUAGUGCUUUAGAAUACGCCUACAGGAAAAGUGAAUGACCAAGGUGAAUCAUGUUUCAAAAUCAUUGAGCCAGAAGUUCAUGUUGCGUUCUGUCUGAAGAAAUGGACUUUUCCGUGAUCAUAAAUUUUAAAUAAAUUUUUACAGCCUUCUUGAGCAAAAUCUAGACAGUUUCCAUUUAAUAUAAUAGUUCCCAUAAUGCUUCAAGUUCUGGCAUCUCGAAGAGUGCUGCUAAAUGAAGACAUCAGAGUCUGGAUAACGGAUAGUGAACUGACUGCAAUAUUUUUUUUAUUUUAAAAAUUAGAUCAGAAUGCAUACCUUGAAAGUGCUAUGGUGCUAAAAAAAAAUACUUUUGUUUCAAAUUUCUGUUUCAUUGAGUGGUUUUGAUUUAACUUUAUAUUUCUUUGAUUCACUGUAAAUAUAGCUGUCUGCAGUCAUUGAGAGAAACCAAGUUGUCUUUCAUGGAAAAGCACCCCCUAAAUACCUGUUUUUAAUUUCAUUUGUUGUUAAAUUUACUGACAGUCAUCUUUUUAGAUGCCUUAUUUGAUUAUACUUGAUUUCUCCGUGAAACAGUAAUGAUAACUUAUCUAUUUAUCAACGCCUCAAUUCACUUGAUUUGUCAUUAUGGAUAGAGUGGUGUGGAAGUUCCUGUGUUGAGUGCAAUAUAAUGAAUGUAAUGACGUUUGUGCAUGUAUUGAUUGCUGUUAUUAUUUUUUUAAACCUUUAUCUCUUAGGUACACAUAUUUUGUUUGCUUUCGAGGGCAUCAAAGAAACCUCGUUGUAAUGGUGUACAUGAUGUGCCCAUCAAAUGCUUUUGGAAUAUUAAUUUUAUAUCCUUCAAAAUAGUUGAUUGUGUCACAUGGCCAAAUCUCUUGUGUAUGGACAUUCAAAACAUUUUUGUUUCACAUUAUUCAUUUACUUUUAUGUUCACAAAUUACAAAAAUGUACUUCCAUCAGUUAUGAGUUACUGUAUAUCAUCAUGUAUAGGAUGCAACUUUUUACCCAAAAACCAGGGUUUCAAAGUCGCCCAGUAUCUUAUCCAUGAGAAAUUAGAUCCAAAAACUGGUGGGAGCUGACCCAGCGAACAAAUUCCCAAAUUAUGUGACUUACAUGACAGGGAUGAUGCAGUUGAGAUGAAUAAUAAUAAGAUCAGAGACCUUUUGAAUGGUGACAAUGAGGAGCUGUUAUUCCGUACAUGCAUCAGUUCUUUUUAGUUUGGCGUUCUAUAAUUUAUCAAAUGGGCAAGUUUUAAGUGAUGUUGCUUGCCAUGAAAAAGUUUGUGCGUCUUAUCUAAUGAACAUAUUAUGAUUUAUACAAAAAUUUUGACUGCCAAGUCCAUGUGGGGCUUAUCUGCACAUUUGUCCUGUAUGUGAUGAUAUACGGUAUGAUCUUUUUUUAAAGAGACCUUUAAUGAUAUGGUGAUAUUGAGAUGUUUUGAGCCUCAAGAUGAACUUUGUUCAUAAGUAAAGAGAAGAAAAAAUAUGUUGACCCCAAACAUUAGUAUAGAAAGCAGAAACUCUCCUCGAGUCCGCACAAUUUAUGUAGUUCCAGUACAUGAGUAAAUGAAAUGUAGAGUGCAGUAGCGUAGCAGUUAAUGUUUUAAAAGGUUUAUGACUUACUGUGCUCUCCACGGUAAAAACAUAUAAAACGUGAUAGCUAAUAAAUAUUUCAGUAGAGCUGAACUUGCAUUUCACCUUAUUUCUUUUUUCAAGAAUAGAAUUUAUAAUACUUGUACUUGUAGUGGAUGUACAAAUGUACCAGUUAUUUUUAGGUGGACUAUCCUGUCCUCUACUUUUUUUUUAUCCUUCAUCGCUACUUAUGUUAGAUCAACUGGUUGACAGCUUUAAUUUCAUCUGAAAUUUGUUCAGCCAUAUUUACUUUUGGAUUUUGUCAGAAUAAUAGGCUGGUGAAAGCGUCUUUUAAUAUAGAUCUAUAUGUUUACUGUAUGUGCUUGUCGGGGAUAAACCAGGGUGUUCAGGAGGUCUCUAGUUCGCAGUAAGAAUUUGGGAAAAGCGGAGAGUGUGUCUCUUAGUGUAAUUUUUGUAUAUUACAAGUUACAGUGGUUCUUUAGGCAAAUGUUUUAUUUGAUAAGUGACUACUGAAAUUCUCCUCUAAGAUAUAUUUUUACAGAAUGUACGAGGCUCCAGAAAUAUUGUAUACUGUAAAACCCUAAUAACAUGACACUCACAGGACCUGAGAAUUUCUUCUUGAUCUUGUGUUAAGCAGAUUUCAUGUUAUAGUAGAGGAAUAAGAAUGUGGAUUUGAAAUCCUUUCAUAGUUUCAGGGAUUUCAUGUUGAACAAAGUUUACUGUAUAGUGGUUUGAAGACUUAUGAGGUUUCCUGGAUACCAUCUCAUCCACUUUGUGGAUCUUCCGUGUAAAGCAGAAACUAUAGAAUAGAUAGUUAUAGUAGAUUAGACACAAGUCGGGAGGGAUGUAAGAUCCACAAAGAUAUCUGAUUAUGUUGUAGGAAGUGGUGAGUAAACCAUGUGAUAUAAUAGUUUAAUCAGUUACCAUAUUGUUGAUGUGCAUGUUCAGCAAGCUGUUCAAAUGUACUAAGCUCAGAAGAAAAAAAAAUUCAGUGUGAGAGAGAAAAAUUAUUUCAUUCUGUUAACAAUCUUACGUUAUGUUAUUGUUUGUUGGGUUUUUGUUGUUGUUGGUUUUGGUGUUUGUUUGGGGGGGGGGGGGGUUGUUGCUUUUUUCAACAUCUAAAAUUUGAAAUUUAAUUUAAUAUUUUUUUUAGCACUCAUGCUGCCAAUACCACAGGUUAAGUAACUGGCUUUAACUUUAAAAAAGAAUUUCUAAAUUUUGGGCUUAGUACAUGUGAACAGCAGGCCGCCCACAUGUUGUUAUGUAAAGCACUGUGUCUGUUGGUGGAGGAUGUAGUUAUGUAAAGCACUGUGUCUGUUGGUGGAGAAUGUUGUUAUGUAAAGCACUGUGUCUGAUGGUGGAAAAUGUUAUUAUGUAAAGCACUGUGUCUGUUGGUGGAGAAUGUUGUUAUGUAAAGCACUGUGUCUGUUGGUGGAGAAUGUUGUUAUGUAAAGCACUGUGUCUGUUGGUGGAGAAUGUUGUUAUGUAAAGCAUUGUGUCUAUUGGUGGAGAAUGUAGUUUGGAGUGACUGAGUUUAUUUUUAUUGCAACCAGAUUUCUGUCAUGCCCUUUUUAUGAUUGUUUUGUUUUGUGGGUCUUGAUUUUAUUAAACAAAAAUAUUUUGAAAUAAUAUAUUUAUGAUUUUCUUUCCCACGGUGCGUGCGGAAGAGCCAUUAAAGAAAAUCGAAAUUACA